CCGGUUGGACCACCAGGACCGCAAGGGCCGGCCGGACCAGCUGGUCUGCCUGGAGAACCAGGACCCAUUGGACCUCCUGGAAUGGCAGGACAUUCGGGACCUCCAGGACCUGCAGGUCCACCAGGAAAACCAGGUGCCCCUGCUAAUCUUGUGCCGUCAUAUUGUGGCAUUUGUCCACCACGUGCUUCAGCAUCUGCAGCCCUUGCAUAUGAAAAGAAUAAUGGAGAAAUGAGUGGCAUCCAUCAGACGGAAAUAAUAACAUCAAAAACUACCUAUACAACCGGUAGUGCGGAAGGAAGUUUCCUAGGCGGUUCAGGAGUGUACAGUGGCAACAAUGUUGGCGCUGCGUUCAGCUCUGCCGAAUCGGCUGAUAGCGCUAGUUCCCACAGUUUGGGUUACCAUAAUGGUGCAGUAAUUGUCGGAGGAACACGAUCUGAAACGGCGGGGCAUCAGCUAGCAAAUGGUGUUGAGAGUUCAUACGGAAAAACUGUCGUAAACGAAGCAUCAAAUGAAGAUCACGAAAAGAAAAAAAAGAAGAGAAAGAAACACCACAGAAGAAAGCGUCUGAAGAAAUCUAGAAAAGUGCUUUAA